AUGCCGAUUGAGGCUCUUCCUCAGAAAACAAUCCGCGCGAUUGGCUCCACAUCUGUCAUUUCGGGUCCCUACUCUGUUGUCAAGGAACUUAUAGACAAUGCCCUGGAUGCUUCUGCCACGUCAUUGCAGAUUGAGAUAUCUCAAAGCACUGUGGAUAUCAUACAACUCAAGGACAAUGGCCACGGCAUCUCCCCAGAGGACCAGCAAUAUGUCUGCAAACGAGCUUUUACCAGCAAGAUCCAGACUUUAGAUGAUCUCAAAAAUAUCGGUGGAUCAUCAUUGGGGUUUCGUGGUGAAGCCCUUGCCAGUGCCGCCGAGAUGUCUGGGGUUUUCGCUGUAACCACUCGAGUUGAGUCCGAAGUUGCCGGGCGAUGUUCGAAGUAUGGAAGAAACGGAGAGCUUAUUGGAACACAACGGACGUCACAUCCUGUGGGCACGACUGUUCGUAUCACAGACUUUCUCAAACACAUCCCUGUCCGCAGACAAACUGCCUUGAAGGGUGCUGCGAGAAAUCUCACGAGGAUCAAAAAACUCAUCCAGGAAUAUGCUAUAGCUCAGCCAUCUAAGAGGCUCUCACUCAAAGUGCUCAAGGCAAAAAAUGAAAACAACAAUUGGACCUAUGCGCCAAGUGCAGACGCCUCGAUCUCGGAUGCAGCUAUCAAGGUAGCCGGCACAGAUGUGUCUUCUUCGUGUGUCGUGAAGCGACUUUCGUCACAGAUAACCGAUGGGAAUAAACAAGUAUCAACAGACCAGGAAGAGUAUGAAGCUAUCGCUUUUCUGCCAAAGACUCAAUUUGAUACCUCCAAAAUCAACAACGCAGGCCAAUAUAUCAGUGUUGAUGGCCGCCCUCUCUCUAGCAGCAGGGGGAUUGGUCAUGAGAUCGUCAAAAUUUUCAAGCCAUAUGUCCGUGUCGCCGCAUCUAAAAACGAAUCCUCCAAAUCGGUUAGCGACCCUUUUCUCUGUUUGCAAAUUCGCUGUCCCCGAGGGAAAUACGAUGUAAACAUCGAGCCAGCAAAAGACGAUCUGCUCUUCGAAAACCGAGAUGCAGUUUUGGCCUUGGUGGAGGAAUUGUUUCGCGACCACUACGGAGAAAUAGAUGGGGCGGAGACAAGAAAUUCCAACCGAGGCAAAGAUGAUGCCUGCAAAUCUGUCGAAGGCCCAAGAGGAUUCGAACUUUUGAUGGCUCGGAAGCCGGCUAAAGAACUUUCCACACAGCCUCGCGAUUCUGAGAACCCCCUCAGUGAAGCUACACCUCACACGCCUCUCUCGCAGAAGCCGCUUCGGCCCGAGUACGCAUUUUCGCCUGUGGUUCAUUCUAGCAGCAAGGGCCCGGAAAGCCCUGAGGAAUCGGCCACGGCCAGAAACAAACGUUCCAGCUUCGUCAAUCCGUGGUCUAUCUCCAGAAUUAAUGCCUCAUUUCUGACACCGCUACGUGGGGGCAAUUCCCUCACUCAAACAAGCCCCGUCGAUCUAUCUAGUGGUACCCUGCAGGGGCCAAUCCGAAGGGAGGGUGAAUCGCGAGGCCUCCAUCAUUCACCAUACUCAGACUUUACAACCCCUCUUACUUCUCGACUUACAUCUGGGUCGCCCGCGAGGCGCCGUGGACAACACCCGCAAGAAUCGACCGAGUCCUCCCCUGAGACUAAUCGCAUUUCGAGCGCCCGACGCGCCGAGCGAGAACGUGAUCGAGAUCGGUAUGGGAACGGAGCUCUAGACACUUUGUUCCAGAGAACCACGCAAGUCUCGCUGCAGCAAACCCCUAUCGAGGAAGGACCGACCCAGGAACCAGACUCACCGCUUUCUUUCCUUGCCCAGCAACGAUUCGGCUUUCUCACGAGCACUUUGCCAAGCAUUGGACAUGCUGAUGGGCAAGACGAUGGUUGCUCGGACAGUCCAUCAAAUAGCACCAUUACUCCAGGAGCUGCUCGUCAUGUGCCGUCGCUACCCGAAGACCAAGGUGAGGACAUCCCAGAGUCAAUGGAUAGUGGUCGAGGAUUUCCGGUUCUUGAGAGAUGGGCCGCUCGACUUCACGAAGGCGCCGGCCAUGAUGAAACAUCUGAUCUGGAAAAAGCACUUGACUUCGAAAGGCGGAAGAAAGAAGCCAUCCAGAACAGCCGCACACGCUUCAAGACGAAGGAUACACCAUCCAGUUCGCAACCUGCUCUAGUAUCGCAUUCGCCCCAUCGCAGUCGAUAUCUUGCCGCAAGAGCUGCAUUAGCUUCGUCGCAAACCUCGAUCGGCGAACCGGUCUCUGCGACAACGCUCUCUCCUCACGAUCCCCGAGCAUACCUCAUCCGUCAGGAAAGGGACAUUUCUACCGAUGAACAUUCAACGAAUGACAAAAAGGCCCGGCGACUACCCACCAGCCGACUUCCCUUCGAACGUAUACCCGAUGGCUCCGACCUGCAUGAUCUCGGUUCAACUUGCUCGGUUGACUUGUCGGCCGGCUCGAACUCGUUCAAGUGGAAUAUACCUGAGAGUCUAUAUACCGGGAGUGACGACGAAACUACCGCAUUCUCGGCCUCUGAUCUUGAAAGCUGCUUGCCGUUAUGGAAUGAACGGUUGAUUUCUCUCAUAAAACAAAAAUACAAGAAUAUGGAUGAACCCAAGCCUUUGAGUAUUCACAUUGAUCUUGCUGUUAUUUCUCAGCAUGUUCAAACGACUCAAAACAAUUAA